AUGGGGUCUGUUCAAGCGAAGCCACCACAGAGGGGCGCGGAGAAGAUGAGGCUGGAAAAUGGGUAUGCCAGGGCGGCUAGGAGAUCAACUGGCCAGAGAUAUGUCACUGAAGAACCUGGCAGGCCUUCCCGGCCUGAGCCGAGGAUUGGAAAUGAUGCAUAUGUUGGCAAUGGAGGCAGGGAAACCGCGGUUGAUAGGAAGGUGAUCGCGAGGAAAGGAGAGAAGCCGAGGAGCAGUGGUGGCAAAGCUCCUGCAGAAAUUGAUUCCAAGAAAACAAACUCUGGGGAAGAAGAGAUGGUGGAUGGUUGGCCAAAAUGGCUAGUGGAUAAUAUUCCAGGACAGGUUCUUGCAGGUUUAGUCCCAAAAAGUGCAGAUUCCUAUGAGAAAAUUGAUAAGGUAGGUUCAGGGACUUACAGCAAUGUCUACAAAGCGCGAGACAAGGAAACAGGAAAGAUUGUUGCCAUGAAGAAAGUCAGGUUUGACACAUCAGAGCCACAAAGUGUAAAAUUUAUGGCAAGAGAGAUCAUGAUUCUGCAGAAGUUGGAUCAUCCAAACAUUAUAAAGCUUGAAGGGCUGGCAACUUCAAGAAUGCAGUACAGUAUUUACCUGGUUUUUGACUAUAUGCAGUCUGAUUUAGCCAGCAUUAUAUCCAGGCCUGGUGGAAGGCUCAAUGAAUCACAGGUCAAGUGCUACAUGCAGCAUCUUCUAUCUGGCCUGCAGCAUUGCCAUGAAAGGGGCAUUUUGCACAGAGACAUAAAGGGCUCAAAUUUGCUGAUUGACAAAAGUGGGAUGCUGAAAAUCGCAGAUUUUGGGCUCGCCAACUUCUUCAACACGGGAACGAGGCGCCCCCUCACUACACGAGUCGUGACGCUCUGGUACAGAGCCCCCGAGCUGCUACUAGGUGCUACAGAAUAUGGUGCAGGAAUUGACCUGUGGAGUGCAGGGUGUCUCAUGGCUGAAAUGUUUGUUGGCAGGCCAAUUUUGCCUGGCAGGACAGAGGUUGAGCAACUUAACAAGAUCUUCAAGCUAUGUGGCACACCAUCAGAAGAAUACUGGAAAAAAACAAGGCUUCCAACAACUUUCAGGCCACCCUAUGCAUACAAGCCUUGCAUCAGAGAAGCUUUCAGACACUUUCCAUCUUCUUCCUCGGGUCUACUCCACACGCUCCUCGCGCUAGAUCCAUCCCAUCGCGGCUCUGCAGCUUCUGCUCUCCAAAAUGAGUACUUUUACACAAGCCCCUUAGCAUGUCACAUUUCUGAGCUGCCUGUAGUCCACAAGGAAGAUCCAGAGCCUGCAAUCAUUGACGGAAGAAGGCAUAGAGCCUCCAGGCACAGGUCUCAAUCAAUAAAAGAGAGGAGGAGGAAAGAUACAGAAGCUGAUGAAGAGCCAAAAGGGGAUUCUGGUGAUUCAAAUGAGGUUGAACAACUGAACUUAUAUUAUUCUGGGGCAGGUAAAUACACAGAUAAAACAGUGAUGAACAGCCAAGAAUCAGGAAGCAGUAGCAGCACAACAACAAGGAGAAGAAGCAAAUCUGUAAAGGAAGACAAUAUCCCUACUUAUACAUCUUCACCUGUUGCAGAAAACCCUGAGAAAUCUUCAAGAAGUGAAGAAGCUGAUGAUAACCCUAAUAACGCCGCCAUGAAUAUCAGGGACAGGCCUCCAAGAGCCACAACAGCCAAGAACCACAACGUUGUCAACUACAAAGACAACAUGCACAGGUUGAACCAUGUCCAGAGGUCUGCCUCAGCUAGAGCUCACAAAUAUGGAUCAUCACAAGCUUCUUAA